AUGGCUUCAGCUUUUUUGUCCGGCAGCAGUUAUCGAGCUGCUCUUUCUGUCAACCAUCAUUUACGUACAACCACACUCAGAGGCCUCGCUACCGCGGUGAACCCGGUGUCCCAAAAGGAUUGCCGUUCCAUUACACCUCCUUAUGCCAAGCUUAACGCCACUUUGAAUCAAGUCAAGCGUAUCUUGAACAACCGACCAUUGACUUUGGCCGAGAAGAUUGUGUAUUCUCAUUUGACCAACCCUGAGGAAACAGUGCCUGUUCGAGGCGAAACCUAUCUCAAAUUGUCACCAGAUCGUGUUGCUAUGCAAGAUGCUUCUGCCCAGAUGGCAUUGUUGCAAUUCAUGCUUUCGGGUAUGGCUACGACGGCUGUUCCUUCAUCCAUUCACUGUGACCAUUUGAUCGAAGCGUUUGCUGGUGCCGAUAAGGAUGUCGAACAAUCCAUUGUGACGAACAAGGAGAUUUUCGAUUUCUUGGAGAGUGCAGCCAAGAAGUACGGUAUUGCCUUCUGGAAACCCGGCAGUGGUAUUAUCCAUCAAAUCGUUUUGGAGAAUUAUGCUGCUCCUGGUGGCCUGAUGCUCGGAACUGACAGUCAUACCCCUAAUGCCGGUGGUCUCGGUAUGAUUGCUAUUGGUGUGGGUGGUGCCGAUGCUGUGGAUGCCAUGGCCAACAUUCCCUGGGAAUUGAAAGCGCCCAAUGUGAUUGGUGUGAAGUUGACCGGUCAACUCAGCCCGUGGGCGAGUCCCAAGGAUGUGAUUUUGAAGCUGGCAGGCGACCUAACUGUUCGAGGUGGUACAGGCCAUAUCAUUGAAUAUUUUGGUGAAGGCGUCGAGUCGUUAUCUUGCACUGGCAUGGCCACGAUGUGUAACAUGGGUGCUGAAGUCGGUGCGACCACGUCCUUGUUCCCUUAUACCAAGAGCAUGCAAUCGUACUUGGCCGCUACAGGUCGUUCGGAAGUGGGCCAAGCUGCUGAUGCCAACGCUCAAUUUUUGCGUGCCGAUGAAGGAUCUCAGUAUGACAAGGUAAUUGAGAUUAACUUGUCGGAAGUCGAACCUCGCAUCAAUGGUCCGUUCACGCCCGAUUUGAGUACGCCUUUGAGCCAGUUCAAAGAUUUUGUUCGCGAGAAUGGCUGGAAAGAUGAAUUGUCCGCCGGUUUGAUCGGUAGCUGCACCAACUCUUCGUAUCAAGACAUGUCACGUGCGGCUUCCAUUGCACAACAGGCUGCGGAUGCCGGUAUUUCUGUCAAGUCCAAAUUUUUGGUCACCCCAGGUUCCGAACAGAUUCGUGCCACCAUUGAACGUGACGGUCAAUCGGCAGUCUUCGAGAAGGCUGGCGCUCAAGUGCUCGCAAAUGCAUGUGGUCCCUGCAUUGGUCAGUGGAACCGUACAGAUAUCAACAAGAAGGCACAGGAAGAAAACGCUAUUCUGACUUCCUUCAACCGUAAUUUCCGUAGCCGAAAUGACGGUAACCCCAAGACCAUGAACUUUUUAGCUGCCCCAGAGAUUGUUACGGCUAUGGCAUUUUCGGGUAAACUGAGUUUCAAUCCCAUGACGGACACCUUGCUGGACAAGGAUGGUAAAGAGUUCCGUUUCCAGCCUCCUCAAGGAGACGACCUUCCCAGUCAAGGUUUCGAAGCCGGUCGUGCUACGUAUGAUCCUCCAUCUCCUACUCCUACCCCUGAUUCAUCCGUGGACAUCGUCGUGUCACCUACUUCUAACCGUUUGCAAGUGUUGGAUGCGUUUGAACCCUGGAAUGGCCAAGAAUUCAAGGACGUUCGCGUUUUGGUCAAGGUUCAAGGCAAAUGUACCACCGAUCACAUUUCGGCGGCCGGUCCUUGGUUGAAGUACAAGGGCCACUUGGAAAACAUUGCUGAAAACACCUUGAUUGGUGCAUUGAAUGCAGAUAACGGCCAAGUCAAUGUCGUCCGCGAUAUCACCAAUAAUACCGAUGGAUCUAUCCCUGAAGUCGCCAAGAGCUACAAGAAACAGAAUAUUCCAUGGAUGGUGAUUGCCGAUCAUAACUAUGGUGAAGGUUCGGCCCGUGAGCAUGCUGCUUUGCAAGUACGUUACUUGGGAUGUCCCAUGAUCAUUUCUCGAUCGUUUGCUCGUAUCCACGAGACCAAUCUCAAGAAGCAAGGUGUGCUUCCUUUGACUUUUGUGAACGAGGACGAUUACAAGCUGAUCUCUGGCGGUGAUUCCAUCGAGACCGUGGGUGUGAAGGAUAUUGCACCCGGCAAACCGGUGACAUUGAUUGUCACCAAGGCCGAUGGCAGCAAGAUUAACAUUGACGCCAAGCACACGAUGAGCAAGGACCAAAUUGAAUGGUUCCAAAAGGGCAGUGCUUUGAACCUUAUCAAGGAAAAAGCAUCGGCCAAUGCAUAA